CAUCGCUGCGAGGUGUUGCUGCUAUUGUGUGCAUUGCUGCGUGAAGCUGUCGCGGGACGAGGCAAGCUUCCGUGGCAUGAACCCAACGACCCUCCGACGACUGCUGUGAAUACACAGGCGCGGGACUGUUCGCCCACCAUGCGGUCGCUCAUUUCCUUUUUCGUCUUCCUGUUCGCGGCCGCCGUGUCGGCGCUCAGCACGACCGGCAACCGGCUGCUGGUGAUCCUGGACGAUGUCGUCGAGAAGGCGAACUACUCCAAGUUCCUGGCAGAUCUCGAAAGCCGGGGCUUCCAGCUCUCGUUCGAGACCCCCAAGAGCGAGUCGCUGGCCCUGUUCCACCUCGGCGAGCGCUCCUACGACCACAUCAUCUUCUUUCCGACUAAGACCAAGGGCCUCGGCCCCAAGCUGACGCCCAACCUCCUGGUCGACUUCCUCAAUGCCAAGGGCAACCUCCUCGUAACCCUCAGCUCCGGCGUCCCCACCCCCAACUCGCUCGUCUCGCUCCUCGCCGAGCUCGACAUCCAGCUGCCGGCCGAGCGCACCGGCCUGGUGGUCGACCACUUCAACUACGACGCCUCGAGCGCCGCCGACCUGCACGACGUGCUGCUCCUGCCGCCGCCGGGCCCCAUCCGGCCGGACGUCAAGGACUUCUUCGCCGCCGGCGCCCCCAAGGACUCGCUCCUCGCCUUCCCGCGGGGCGUCGGCGCGGUGCUCGGCCCCGGCGAGCUGCUGACCCCGAUCCUCCGCGCCCCGCGCACCGCCUACAGCUACAACCCCAAGGAGCAGGCCGAGACCGUGGACGAGCUCUUCGCGGCCGGCGAGCAGCUGGCGCUGGUGUCGGCGUUCCAGGCGCGCAACUCGGCGCGCCUCACGCUGGUCGGCUCGGCCGAGAUGCUGCAGGACAAGUGGUUCGACGCUGAGGUGAGCCAGCCGUCGAGCGGCGCGGGGAAGAAGGCCGCGGCGGCGGGCAAGACGUUCAACAGGGAGUUUGCGAAGCGCCUGAGCGGGUGGACGUUCAACGAGAUCGGCGUGCUGCGCGUCAACUGGAUCGAGCACCACCUGGAUGAGCCCGGGGCCGCGAACCAGUCCAACCCGGCCAUCUACCGGAUCAAAAAGGACGUUAAAUACACCAUCUCCCUCUCCGAACACGCCUGGACGGCCUGGACGCCGUUCACGCUGCCCUCGGCCUCAGACGCGCUGCAGCUCGAGUUCUCAAUGCUGUCGCCCUUCCACCGGCUGCCGCUGCAGCCCGACCCGGCGCUCUCGACCGACGACGCGGCGGCCUACAGCGCGGCGUUCCGGCUGCCGGACCAGCACGGCAUCUUCAACUUCCGCGUCAGCUACAAGCGGCCGCUGCUGUCCAACGUCGAGGAGAAGAACACGGUGUCGGUGCGGCACAUGGCGCACGACGAGUGGCCGCGCAGCUAUGUCAUCAGCGGCGCUUGGCCGUGGAUCGCCGGCAUCGGCGUCACCGUGGCCGGCUGGCUGGCCUUUUGCGCGCUGUGGAUGUUCAGCGCGCCGGUGCCGGCGCCGGGCGGUGCUGCUGGGGCGGCGAGGGCCGAGACGAAGAAGACGCAGUAGGGACGGAUGGGGCGGGAGAUAAG